AUGGAGACCAACGCUUCUUCCGCGGAAUUCCUAGGUGACGAGACUGAAGCAAACAUCACUGUCAGAAACCAGCUCGAGUCGCAGCUUCUCCGCCUCCCCGCUGAGCUACGAAAUCAGAUCUACGCCUACGUCGGCCUUUCAACUACUAUUCGCGUCUUCACCCUCCUCUGGUCAUCAACUAUUUCGUGGGAUGACGCUAAAGAACUCAAAUUCCAGCGCCCUAACCUCCUCAGCACGUGCAAGCAAGUCCGCCAAGAAGCUACAACGCUGAUAUGCAAACACGCCGUUUUCGACUUGGUCGGCUGCGACGCCGGCCUGUUGCUCAUUCCUCGUCGCAGCCAAGACUUCUUCGAGUUCGUCACCUCAAUCCGGAUUGCGAGAGAUUUCGCCAUGGUUAAGCCCUCGAAACCUAAAGCUAGUGCAAAUGGCACAGUGUACAAGCCUCUUACUAGAUGGCUGCCGAAUCUGGAGAGGGUUUAUGUUGAGUCGACGGGAUGGACUCAUCGCGGGGGACGUAUUAGAGCCAGGGCGAGUCUGAAAAGUCGGUGUGGGAAUGAUUCCCUCGAGGUCAUCAUCGUGGAUAAGUAG